AUGGAGGAAGAAGCUCCUUCCGAUGACGAAAGAGUGUUGCUGCCCGGCGUCGCUGCCGCCGCAGCCCUCUCUGCAAAUGUUGUCGCGGAUGUAAAAUCUGAUGGAAUGCAAGCGGAAUCACAGAAUAUUCAUGCGCCUUGCAACAACUGCAAGAACAUGGAUCAAAAUGUGAACACAAUGAAGGCCGCACUUGGAGCCAUGGAUCGCGUGGUGACGCGCUACUGUGCCUUAAAAAAGGAGAUCGAAGCAAUCAAGAGAGAGUUGGAAGAGCGUACUCGACAGUGUGACGUUUACAAAUCACAGCUAGCCAGCUCCCAUGAACAGUGUGUGAAAGCUGUUGCCGAAGCUGCACUUUUGAAGGAACAGACUGCUGAUCUUCAGAAGAAAUUGCUUUCAUCUGCUGAGACCUCUGGACAACUCCGAUCUGAAGCACAGAUCUAUAAAAACAUGCGCAGCACUCACGAGGAAGAAAAACGUACGUUGAUGCGAGAAAUUUCAGAACUGAAGGGCAAGAAUGAGUCAAUGUGUCGUAAAGAUAAUGAGAGCUGUGCCAAGCUGAUGGUUUUGCAGGCAGAGGCGACAAAAACCGCCCAGUCAGAAGAUGCUCUAAAGAAGCAGUUAGGACAAGCGAAUACAGCCAUUCAAAAUUGGAGAAGGAAGAUACAGGAUUCGCUCUCGCUGAACAGAAUCUUUGGUUUGUCCAUGAGCAUCAAAGCUUUGAUGAUGAUCUUCCUCGGCUGCCCCGCUUUUUCAGAAAAACUCAGGCACGUCGCAGACUUCCAAUGA